AUGUUCUUUCGCGGAGGACUCAGCAUACGGCGCAAUCUGUAUACGCGCGUCGCGCUGCUGCUGGUGCUCGGGCUGUUCGUGUUGUUCUACUUCAAAAACCUAAAUGGUUCACCAAACUCCCUCGGGAGUUCCCUCGAGCAGGCUAAACCGUUGCCACAGAUUGCGCAGCAUGUGAACGGGUUGGAGUUGCUGGCGGCCGCUGAGGCGGCGGCCAGUGGUACGGUGAACAAGGGCAACCUACUGCCCGCACAGACGGGCGAUGCACUGUUCGAGCGGCUGGUGUUGGCUGAUCUUGCCAAACAGCGACCCGGGCUCGGUAACAACGGUGAGGGCGUUGAGCUGACCGGCGAUGCGAAGGAAAUUGGCGAAAAGCAGCUGGCCACGAUCGCGCUAAACGAGGAGCUUAGUGAACAUUUAAGCUACAACCGUACGCCCCCGGACGGGCGUCAUCCGUCCUGCAAGCGGAAACACUAUGACCUGACCAGCCUACCGUCGACGAGCGUCAUCAUCAUCUUCUACAACGAGCCCUACUCGGUGCUGCUGCGUACGGUUCACAGCGUGCUGAAUACGGCCGACGGCCGGCUUCUGCGUGAGAUCAUUCUGGUCGACGAUGGUAGCACCAACGUGGAGUUGAAGGGAAAGCUCGACUACUACGUCCGAACCCGGCUCCCGGCGAAGGUGAAGGUGCUCCGGCAACGACAACGUGUCGGAUUGAUACGGGCACGGUUGGCUGGAGCCCGGUUGGCUAAGGCCGAUGUACUAGUCUUCCUGGAUGCACACUGUGAGUGUAUGGUGCAGUGGCUGGAACCACUGCUCGAGCGGAUCAAGGAGUCGCCCACGAGCGUCCUGGUGCCGAUCAUUGAUGUGAUCGAGGCGAAAAAUUUCUACUACAGCACGAAUGAUUACAACGAUUUUCAGAUCGGUGGAUUCACAUGGGACGGACACUUUGAUUGGCAUGAUGUGACGAAGCGGGAACGGACACGGCAGAAGCACGAAUGUCCGGAGAAGGAUCUUGAGAUCUGUCCCACGUAUAGCCCGACGAUGGCUGGUGGUUUGUUUGCGAUUUCGCGCGACUAUUUCUGGGACAUUGGCAGUUACGAUGAGCAGAUGGAUGGUUGGGGUGGUGAAAAUCUCGAAAUGUCAUUCCGUGUGUGGCAGUGCGGUGGUACCCUGGAGACAAUCCCAUGCUCCCGUAUUGGGCACAUAUUCCGAGACUUUCAUCCUUAUUCUUUCCCGAAUGAUCGUGAUACGCACGGUAUCAAUACGGUACGGAUGGCGAUCGUUUGGAUGGAUGAUUAUGUGGAGCUGCUGUAUCUAAAUCGACCCGAUCUGAGAGAUCAUCCCGAACUGGGCGACGUUACACACCGGAAAGUGUUACGUGAAAAGCUACACUGCAAAAGCUUCGAUUGGUACAUGAAAAACGUGUAUCCGGAGAAGUUUAUCCCAACGCGGAAUGUGCUUGCGUUCGGUAGGUUAGCAUCGCAAGCGGACAAUCUCUGUCUCGAUACGCUGCAGCAAAACGCCGAAAAACCGUGGAACCUUGGCAUUUACACCUGCUUCAAACCGGAAGUAUCGGCGUCACAAUUGUUUUCGCUAACGAAACGUAGCGUACUGCGAAACGAGCGUAGCUGUGCAACGGUGCAGGCCAGCAAGUCAGAGUCGAAGUUUGUUGUGAUGAUUCCGUGCAUCGACGACGAUGAUAUCGAUGAUACGUGGGAAUUUACCGAGCAUCGGCAGCUGCGCCAUAAACAGUCGGGACUGUGUUUGGAUAGCAGUGAUCUAUCGACGAAAAGUUAUGUCCAUGUGGCGACGUGUCACCCGGGAAUCAAAACACAAAAGUGGGAAUUCCAGCAUCAGUAG